AUGAGAAUUAGCUGGGGACUUGGCCUCGGCCGGGUCGAGUCCGUCGACUACUAUGCCGGCGUUCUUGUGCCUCUAGACGAGGCCCAUCUGCACAGCCACUCGGCCCGGACAGGCCGGGUGGAAUUCGAGGCUCGCGACUUUGAGCUUGACGACGACGACGACGAAACUGGCGCAGGCAAGGAUCGCGGCGAUGAAGAGCGCGAGGGCAUGCUCGAGAUGGACGCCGCCGAGUACAGCAUCGACGGCCUGCGCAAGGCUAUGCGCGAGGGCCGCCGUGGGCAGUGGAGUGAAUACGAGAUCAAGUCCAAGCUCAUCAACAAGGCCAUCCAGGACAUCGGCAUGGGCUACUACAACUGGCAGCUCUUUGUUCUCUGUGGCUUUGGUUGGUUCGCAGACAACCUCUGGCUCCAGGGCGUUUCGUUGACGCUGCCUUCUCUGUCUGCGGAAUUCGGUAUUGACGAAAAGACGGUGCGGUAUACCACCAGCGCGUGCUUUGUCGGUCUGUCCGUGGGAAGCUUUCUCUGGGGAAUUGGAGCUGAUUUCUUCGGCCGCCGAAUCGCCUUCAACAUGACAUUGCUCAUUACCAGUGUCUUUGGUGUCAUGGCUGCCUAUGCACAGACCUGGGGCGGCGUCUGCUUCUUCUUUGCCGCGUUUGGCUUCGGUGUCGGAGGAAACUUGCCCGUCGACGGCGCGUUGUUCCUCGAGUUUCUGCCCGAUGCCUCCAGCUCCUUGCUAACCCUUCUUUCCGUCUGGUGGCCUAUCGGUCAACUCGUUUCGUCUCUCGCAGCAUGGUUUUUCAUUGCCAAUUGGCCCGUAGAGCAGGGCUGGCGCUACUUUAUCGUCACCAUUGGCAUCGCCACUUUUGCCAUGUUUAUUGUCCGCUUCUUCAUCUUCCACCUUCUCGAAUCGCCCAAGUUUCUUCUCAACAAGGGCCGCCAAAAUGAGGCUGUGGCUGUCAUCCACGGUCUGGCUUACAGAAACGGCUGCAAAACCUGGCUCACAUCUGACAUUUUGGACGAGGUCGCCGCCGAGGACUACCAGCGCGCCGAAAGCUCCUCUGCUCAACAACAAUUUAAUACUGCCUCCACCCAGAACGUCCUCAUGACCAAGCUGAAGGGAUUUUCUGCCGACAGAGUCCGUCCUUUGUUCCAGAACAAGACACUUGGUCUCGCCACUUCACUCAUCUGGUUCUGCUGGGCCAGCAUUGGUAUGGGCUACCCGCUCUUCAACGCAUUCUUGCCGCAGUACUUUGCUCGCACCAACGGCAGCCAGGACAGCGGCAUGCAGUCCGAGACGUCCGCGAUUUCCAACGAAACCUACCGCAACUAUGCCAUCACCUCCAUCAUGGGUGUGCCUGGCAGUCUUCUUGCAGCAUACCUCGUCGACCAUCCUUCGCCGUUCCUCGGCCGCCGAGGGACUCUGGCUAGCUCCACCUUGCUCUCCGCCAUCUUUCUCUUCUUCUUUGUCUUGUUCGGCACCACGCCCUCGACGCAGCUCUUUUUCUCCUGCGUGGAAGCUUUUAGCCAGAACAUCAUGUACGGCGUCUUGUACGCCUUUACGCCUGAAAUCUUCCCGGCGCCGGUGCGUGGAGCAGGCAGCGGCAUGGCCAGUUUCCUGAACCGCGUCACGGGUCUCAUGGCUCCCUUGCUAGCUGCCAACAUGCCCGGCGACGGUGCGAGCACACCCAUCUACCUAUCCGCAGUGCUAAUUCUAGCGGCGUUUGUGGCCAUGUGCCUGAUCCCUAUUGAGACACGAGGCGCGCAGCGCCUAUAA